GUUAUGUUCUACUACAGGACUGUUUGUUGUAGCAUGACAGAAGAAAACCAUCCGAGCUAACCUCCAAGAGCACAGGCAGUCAGAAGAAAAUGCAUACACUUCGGAGCCUCUCUGUUGCCAAAUUGGCUAAAGUUUCCAGCGGAUUGUUUUCAAGACAAAAGAGCUCAGGAGGAAGACCUUCAGCCCCACUGGGUUCACGGAUUCUGACAAGUUCUGAUGACGUCUUUAAGCACAACAUGUGGGAUCAUGUGCAAUGGACAGAAGAGGAUAAAGAAAACGCACGGCAGAAGGCAAAAGAAAAUUCCUGUACACAAAUUCCUUUAGAGGAACAAGGAAAAUUUGAUACCGAGGCUUGCCAAUACUGGGACAAGUUUUACACGAUGCACCAGGAUAAGUUCUUUAAAGAUCGCAAGUGGCUGUUUUCAGAGUUCCCAGAACUGCUUCCUUCAGGGGAUCAUCCAGAGUUAUACCUACAACCUAUUGGAGCCAGCACAGACACAGAGACCAGACACCGGCAACACAACGGGCCCAAAAACCAUGACAGAAAUACAGACGUCCCCAAUCAUCAAACAGACUCCUGUCAAGAAGCAGCACUAGAAAAAAACCCAUCUGCCAUACAGUCUAACACAUUCCCUGGCCAGCACGCAUCACACAGGAUCUUGGAGGUUGGAUGUGGGGUGGGCAACAGUGUGUUUCCCAUCGUUAAUUCCAUAAAAGGGACAGACAUAUUUUUGUACUGUUGUGACUUCUCCAAAUCUGCCAUUCAGCUGGUCAAGGACCAUCCAGACUAUGAUGACUCUGUGUGUCAUGCUUUUGUCCAUGACAUUUGUGAGGAGACCGCCUCCUUCCCCUUCCCUCCUCAGAGCCUGGAUGUUAUUCUCGCAGUCUUUGUCCUCUCCUCGAUUCAUCCAGAGAGAUUGCAUGGAAUUGUGAACCAUCUAUCUUCAUACCUGAAACAUGGAGGGAUAUUUCUCUUCCGUGAUUAUGGGAGAUACGACUUCUCACAACUCAGGUUUAAGAAGGGACGGUGCUUAUCAGAGAAUUUCUACACACGUGGAGAUGGAACCUGUGUCUACUUUUUCACUAAAGAAGAAGUUCAUAAACUAUUUUCCAAUGCUGGAUUGGAAGAAAUUCAGAACCUGGAGGACAGACGACUUCAAGUGAACAGAGGAAAGAAAGUAGCAAUGCACCGGGUUUGGAUGCAGAGCAAGUACAGGAAAUUAUAUCCACCUUCACCAUCUUGACACCCAACCCAGCACAGCAAUGUUUGGAGCUAAAGACCUUUUUGUAUACUUUGCAUCUCAUUCAUUCCACCCUUAGGAAACAGUUUUAACCAAGUGAGUAUACGUAUGUACUAUAACGAAACAGUUUGCAAUAAACAUACAAAACAAAGAACAAAGAUGUGGUGUUGUCUGGUUGCUGUGCCGUAGAUCAUUGU